AUGUUGAUCUCACAUGACAGUGGGCACGAUGCCGCGCCUGGGCCGCAGCGGGGCGGGGGCGGGGGCGGGCUCGGAGGCCGGGGCGGGGGCGGGGGCCGGGGCGGGGGCGCCGGUGGCGCGCGUGUGCGGGCUGCGCGUGGAGCUGGUGGGCAGCCUGUCCUCGUCGUGCGGCGCGCUGGACCUGACGCUGCCGCUGCCGCUGGUCCUGCUGCCGCUACCUCCCUCCUCCUGCUCCUACCAUCUGCUGCCGGAGAGUCACCGCCCGGCGGGGCUGCCCGUGGGUCGCGGCGCGGUGUGCUGCUCGUCCGAGUCGGCCGGGUCCUCGGAGGAGGAGCGCGCCACGCCCCCGCCCGGGCCCGGGCCCGGCGCCGGCGCGGGCCCCGGCCCGUCGGCGCUCCCCGCGGCCCCACCGCAGGAAUGGGAGCCCUACGACCGACCCGACUCCAGCUCCGACGCCGACGAAUAACGAUAAUAUCUUUAACCUAAAAGUAACGCAGUUGUUUUUACUUAAGACAGCUAUCUUUCUUUGUUAUUAUGUAGUUACAUUACAAAGUUGUCUUCAAAAGAGCGCAGGGCUAAGCCCCGCCAUCAUGGCUAAAGUCGUAAUUUCGCGACGUCAUGCUCCGGCCCCGGGCGGGGGCAGUUCCGGCCCCGGGCGGGGGCAGCUCCGGCCCCGGGCGGGGGCGGCUCCGGCCCCGGGCGGGGGCGGCUCCGGCCCCGGUUUCAAUCGACGGAUCUCAGUCUGCAAGUAUGUGGUAAGCAACGGAUGUGUUUACGUAAUGCGACUGUUUUGUGUAACACCAGUGCCCUGUUUA